UAGAGAAUUCUGGGAUAACUUCCGGUUAACAUUGUCAACAUGGAAGUCGUGUAUGUUAUCAAAAACCCAGCCAAGGUGUCUUCUGAGUUAUAUGACUGGUGUCCAGACGAUCAAAUUUGUUGCAGUUUAUCUUGUAAAAAUAUUUUAGCCUUCAGUUCAGCAUCUGACGACAGAGAUGAAUGUGAACCAGUCAGUGCUACACAAGUUCAAGUAUUAGAUUUAGACAAACCAUGGAUGGUAUAUAAAGUUGCAACAUUCCCCAGUCAGGUUGUCAAUUUGGUUUGGGACCGAAAUGGAACCCAUCUGCUGAUUGCCACUAGCGAAGGACAGUUGGACAUUUGGCAAAUAAAGGAUCAUAUGUUAAACAAAUGGAGCUGUCUUGGGGAGGUGCAGUUGUCUGGUGAGGACAUUCUUUCUCUGGCAUGGUUACAUAAUGGUGUUUUGAUCAGAUUCAAUGCUGACAAACGGGACAAUCUGAAAUACCGAGAGAAGUUUCCCCAUACUUUGUUCUCUCCUUCUUUAAGUGACUUUGGUGGCCGUCCAUUGGAUGGCUUUGUCUGUGUCACAUCAACUGGUCUGGUAUCCGUUGGACUGAUCCAAAAUACAGAACCUAGGAUACGUUCUUAUGUGGAAAGCUUGUCUCCUGCACACUUACGGGCAUCUCUAGCCGACAUUGCCUACAAUGCCAAUGGAGACUUGAUGAUAGCUACCACCGAUGGUAUGCCGUCUUCUGCCAUUCAAUGUUUUCUUGUGUCUUUGUCCAUGGAGCAGACCAGCUGCGUCAUCACGAGUCGUGCCAGUGCUAGUCUGUACGUGAAGUGUCACACAGAAGCCAGUGGAGGGGUUGGUGUCGUUGGCCGGCCGACUGGCCCGACAGCUGCUAGCGGUGUUGACCAACAGAACUUCUGUGUCACACACGUUCAGUUUGUGAACAAGGACUAUAGUGAUACACUUGUGAUCUGUGUUGGUGGUCAGAACUUCAGCUGGAUCGAUUUCUGGCAGUUAGUGGAACAGACGCAUUCCUUGCACAGGAUGUUCCAUACCAACAGUAAGCCGAACACUGUCUAUAAAACCCCCAAAUGGAUGCAUAAAGCUACGGUUACACACAACACCAUGGUGACGGCUAUAGCUGGGCCUAAGCUACCAACGAUGCCUUGUGGUAUGGAAACCAGUGGCUUCACGCCUUACAUUGCAGUUGCCUACAGAAAUGGUAUUAUUAAGUUGAUUCACCGCUACAGUUUCCAGGUAAUUUAUAACUGUUGUGUGGACCAAUUUCGGGAACUUAGUAUCCCGGAAAAGCGUAAUCUCAAUCACAACCAACCUCCUUCCCACCUGUCAGUGCUAUUACAGACACACAGCAGUUGCGGGAUGAUUGGUGUAAAAGACAACAACAUCUAUUUGUUCCGCUCUGUCAAUACUAACGAUGCUGGUGUCCAGAUGUCACCCUCCUAUAUAGUGCUCCUGCUUGAGUACGCUGCAACGACAGGCUGGGACUGGUGGGAUAUUCUCUUAGCCACCAAACAGAGUAUGAUAGAGGACAUUUGUCAAAAGCUGAACGACAACUUCCAGAAGCAGCCAACAGCAGUUCAAGAAUUGAUGUGUUCUCGUCUUUUGGCCAUCAAAAUGGCUUUGUACAAAAGUAGUGCCAACAGCUACCAUCUAGCAGCUGACUGUCAAGCUAAACUCCUCCUCUACACAAUCGCAUCUGUCUUUAAAGGAAUUCUGCGUCCACGGCAAAUAUCUUCCCAAGAUAAUAAUCCUGCUGAGAAACUAUCAAUGCUUUGUAACAAAAGCAGUGAAUCAGAAUUAUUGAUUCUGCUGACAAAUUUAGAAUUCAGUGAUUUCCUCGUUGAUGCUGCCUCUUUACAGUCUUUCCAGCCUUUAAUUCAGUGGAUUGCUGAUUUUACUCUUCAUCUCCUGGGUUCCAUACCUUUGCAACAGUCAUAUUCGGACAUACCUGGUUCUCUACUCAUUCGAGACAGUUCUGUUCUAAGUGUGCUGCGAGAACUCUUUGUCAUCAUACGCCUGUGGGGCCACAUCAAUCCGAAUUGCCUUCCGUUUUUCACUAUGAACUCUUCAAUUGAGUGCAUGUCCCAUCUAUUCAAACUGUUAACGAAAGCCUGGCUGUGCGUAAAGGAAGGCGGUAGUGUUGAAUAUGAGGAGGGUCUUGUCAGUGAUUGUUGUCACCUCACCAGCGAAGUGAUGAUCAGAAAUACACGUCAGACGUUCAGUCAAGACACGUUAGGCUACGCGAUAUUCCACCAGUCGACACCGCAGUCAUUUCAGAUUGGCGUCGAACCAAACUACGUGUAUAGCUGUAAACAAAAACAGCAGUUUAUGACUAUACCAGACAUUACGACGGAGAGCAAACAGAUGUAUGACAUAGUUCGUCAGAUCAACCUUGGUGAAAAACCAGCAGAGCCGGUCCGCGAAUGUAGUCGAUGCGGUGCAGUAUCGUUAAUACAAAGCAUUUCAUCGGCAACGUCGAUGAAAGCCUGGGAGAAACGGUGGGCUUCAGCUUGUCUUUGUGGGGGACAGUGGAAAUGGACUAUCACUUAACUAGACCCUCUUUCAUAUACAACACUAUUACCUGGGAACAAUCUAGAUGUCAUCAUUACCAUCUUUGCCAUUUGUCAUUUUGUAUAAAUUUCAUUCCCUUCAAUAUGUCAUAUCCCCUAAAAUACUCUCGAGACAUCAUCACAUCAGUUUGCAGCUAUUCCCUCUUCAAAUCCUUUUGUAAUCUCAUUUAAGAUUUGGGUGGGGUAUAUGGUUACGCCCAUACAUUUAGCAGCCUGAUCCCAUCAUAAAUUUUCAUUUACAACAAUUAAUGACCAGUGAAGAUACUGAUGUUGGGAGGGAGUCUGAAGCUUGAAAAAAAAAAAAAAAAGUGAAAUAGAGGUUCUUAGGAAACUUUAUAAUUUAUUUAUUUUUAACAACCAAAAAAUAUUGUCAUUGAAUAAGAA